CAGCAGCCCGUUUGUGCCUGUGCAUAAUCAGGUUGGAUGGUGACAUCCGUCGGACUGCAGCAGCAGCAGCAUCUCACAUGACGAGUGCGUCCUUGUCGAGUUCCCGUGCCAUCCACAAGUCAACUACCCGAGAAACAAACCAGAGCCAACAAGGAUCUACAUCGCAACAGCGAUCUCCCAUCUCCUCCUCUCGACUCUUCUUCACCCCACGCAUCACAUCGAGUGGCUUACAUCCACCACCACCCACGCACCGCGCGACCCGUGACUACCCCGGUGCUGCCCCCAGCGCCGAUUCGCCACCCGGAGCACCGCCCCCGCCGUAGGAACCAGUCAGCCAUGCCGCACCCCGUCCCCAUCAUCAUCGGCACGGCCAUCGCGGCCGUGGGCUCGGCGUACGCUUUCAAAAAGUUCGUGUACGACCCGCACGUCGCGCCGUUCAUCGACGCGCUCAUCGCCGCCCACCGCUCGAGCAACAACCGGUACGAGCGGGUGCCCGUGCCCGUCGCGCAGGUGUCGCACCCCGCCGGCCCGCCAGCGUACUCGCAUGCGCGCAGCACGGCCGUCGACGUCGACGGCAGCCCGACGCUGCGCCGCCGCCGCCCGGCAGAGGUGUACGAGCUCGACGAAGGCGCCGUGCUCGCUGCCGAGCGCGUGGCGGCGUACCCUGUCGACAUCCCAGUCACGUAUGCCGUGCGCCAGCCGCGCAGCCGCGGCGCGACGCCGCUCAGCGCCUCGGUCGCGACCAUCACACCGGGCACGGAGCUCAUCAACAUGGACUACUCGGCCCCCGUGUCGCACAUCGCGCCGCCGCCAGCCGCCGCUGUGACGCUCGUACACCCUGUCCCCAUCCGCUCGCCCCUCGUCCCGCGAUACCCCGAAUCACCCGAGCCCGCCCUCCCGCCGCCGUACGGCUCUCGCCCAUCGUCGCGGGCCACGGUUGUUGUGUCGCCGUUUGCCUCGUCGGCCGCCUCGCCCGCCAUGACGCCGUCGUAUCUGUCCUCUUCGGGCCGCUCUUCGCCAGUCAUCAGCGUCGUGGGCGACGACGCCGAGAUCGUGUCCCUCUCGGGCGUGUCGACGUCGAGCUUCGUCGACGCAGAGGCGUAUACGCCCCGCUCGGCCCUGUCGCCCUCGACGCCUCUCUCGCGCACCAUCUCCCCGCUGCCGCUCGAGAGCACGGUCGAGCUCGUCGUGCCCGACGUCACGGCCAUGGGAAGGACCUUCUUGGCUGAGCGCGCCGAGAGCCGCGUGUCGGGCCCCCGGUCCGUGAGCUCGUGGGGCGACGACGAGCACUGGCGCGCUGGCGCCAGCGAUAGCGAGUGGGACGCACUCAGCGACGUCGGCAGCAGCGCCGCAAUGUAGACGGGCUUAGAGUUUGUUCGGUUUCUCGAGCAUUGAUCCGGUCCCUCGUGCACGCACUCCCUCCGCACACGCUUUGUUGCCAUCACUAUCUUAUCUCUCCCGGCCACUUCUAGAACGCUGCCUCCCUCCGCUGUCACCAUCAACACCGACCAACAAAAAAAAAAUCACACUCAUACAUGUUGCUGUACUCUCUACACUAGUUGUUGAUGCCAUCUUUGCCCCUCUAUG